AUUGAUCGAUAAAUUAUAUCUUUAUUUCAAUAAUAUCCAGAUCGUAACCCGGUUGUAAUUUUCAAGGCUGUAAAUGCGCAGUGCGAACAGAGGACCAAAAGACAUUUGUUUAUAUUGUGCACCACUUGGUAAAUCAAUCGUUUUGAUGAAUUUCAGGCAUAGUAUGUGAUAGAUACCAAACUCAGUUUUGGGGCCAAAGUUAUCAUCAUAGGUGACCAAGUGAUGAGGCCCACACUAAGAUAGGACCCAACUGAAGAGCUGUUAACUACAUCUUGAUUGUUACAGCAGGGAGACACCAAAGAAAAAGACAGUAUUAUGGAGGUUGAUAUAAAAUCAAACAAGAUGAUGUUGGGAGCAUUUUGGAUGCUCUCGCUGCUCAUUCAACAGAGUCUAAGUGACGUUAUUGUUAUAUCAGCCAUUACAAAUAAAACUAUCACCACUAUUGCAGAUUACCCUGCCUCAUUUGGUCCACCCCUACCACUUGCUGGCUUCAAGGGUUAUGCAACAUAUGUUGAGCCUCACAAUGCUUGCAUCGUUCCAGACCCACCUCCUGUUAUUGCUAACUAUAGUGGCCUUUGGAUAGGCAUUGUUAAGAGGUAUAAUUGUACAUUUGUGGAGAAAGUACUAAAUGCCCAGCAUGCAGGCUAUGAUGCUGUUAUUGUCCAUAAUGUUGGAUCGAAUAUGUUACAGCCGAUGAAUGCCAAAGAUAGAGGUGAUGAGGUGGUCAUUCCUUCAGUAUUUAUUGGUGAAGUCGAUGCUUUGAUGAUCAUAGAAAACUUCCUGUACACAAAGAAGGAUUUCACUUUGGCGUUUUGUCCAUCAAGUGGAUCAAACGUGGAUUGGACUCCUUAUAUCAUUGGAUAUAUGGCUAUUAUGUUGGGAUUGUUGUUGGCAUUCUGUACAACAAUGAUUGUAAAGUGUGUGCGAGAUUACCGCCGCUCUCGGCGUCAUCGCCUUUCUUCCAGAGCCUUAAAAAAGCUUCCAGUUCACAAGUUCAAAAAGGGGGACCCUUAUGAAUGCUGUGCAGUCUGCUUAGAAGAUUAUGUUGAUAAUGAUAAGCUUAGGAUAUUACCUUGUUCACAUGCUUAUCACUGCAAAUGCAUUGAUCCAUGGUUAACAAAGAAUCGUCGGGUGUGCCCCGUUUGCAAGCGGAAAGUAAUCACGGGGGAUGAACGACCCUCAGACUUAGACACAGAUUCUGAAGAUGAAAAUAGUCCCCUCAUAAAUUCAGAUGGUGGAACUCAGGGUGGCACAUUUAAUGAGCAGCGGGAAAACCCGUUUCAAGAAGCUCAGCGUUUAGCUGAGAGAAGACGUAGGAAUAGAAGACCAUCUCGUCAUGUUGAAUGUGGCCCAGAGGGUUAUCAGCGCUUGGCUGAUUCAACAGAUGACGAUGAUGAUGAUGAAGAGGAGGAAGAGGAAGAUAGUGAUUCCGAAAAUAAAUCUUAUCAAGGUGCAGCAACUGGUGGGCCCAGAGAGGAGGGCACCAGGCCAGAGGCUGCUGAAAGUGCCAAUGAGGAAGAGGAGGGGUCAAACUCCCCACACAAACCUCCAACUCCAACAACAGUUAGUGUCUUGGUUCAUGAUGCUGCAAGAGCAGCAAGAAGAUCAACAGACAGUUCUAGUUUAGGUAGCCAGAACAGUUCUUCAUAUCAAGGCAGUCCUCCAGGUCCUGUACAGAUUGCUGUAGAUGUUAUCAACUCCCCACCACCAUCAUCCACUCAGCCUUCAACUCAGAAUAAUGAAAAUGCUGAAUCUGACCGUGAUUAUGUUGUGUGAAGAGUGUUCUUAAUGUGUUCUAUUUUAUAAUUAGAUUUAUUUUAUCAUUACUGGUAGUACAGUUAAAACCAAAAAUUCUAGUAUCUUUUUCAUUAACUAUAAAGUUUAAACUGAAAUUCAAAAUUUCAUUAACUAUAAAAAAAUACUUUAUUUCACACCUUGUUUGCUAAACAUUAUAAAUUGUAUAUAUUAUAUAUAUGUAAUCAAGAUGCUGAACAUAUGAAUCGUGUAUGUGACAUAUGCAAUCAAGAGAGAAGUUGAUAAUUUUUUGGUUGUGACUUGAUCACUCAAGAAUAUUUUUCCCAAGUAAAGUGGAGGUAAAAUGUAAGUAUAGUCAAAGAGAUAUUCUUGUAUUUCAUUGCAUACUACUUUUAAUUUUAGUUAAACUAAGUCACAACUACAAUGGGUUAUACAGUGAAGUCUCUAUUCUUUACCUUUCCAGUCUCAUUAACAACCUAGCCAUUGUCCAUUACAUAAAAUCUCAUUCUGUUAAGAAAAAGUUUAACUUUUAUAUUCCUGUGGAUGAAUUAACCUAAUUUUUGUGUAGAGCAAAGCUCAUCAUUUUAUUGAACAUAGACUAGUUGCAUCAUUAUGAAAUGUAAUCUGCUUCAUUUUGCCCCUAAGUUAGUCUUUCAUGAGAGGCUUUGUAUGAGGUGAGGCCACUUGUCAUUCUAGUUUUUAAGCUAAGAAAAUAAAGUGUUAUAGAUAUGA